AUGUCCAAAACUAUAAUUGUGAAGGAGGCGGUCAAAGAGAGCCUCCUCGGCUCCGAGGAGCACUCCAAUCUUUCUGCAUCGCAUCGCACCUUAUUCCUAAAGAAUGCCAAGAAGGAUGAGCAUACAGGAGAACUGUAUAUGGGACCAGAGGAGUUCAUUGAGGCUAUUGCGCCGCCGAGUGAAGACUACCACAAGAUUAGCCGUGAUCAAUAUGGCCUCCUCUUCCGCGUAGCCGAUCGCAAGGACACUGGUAAAGUGACGAUUAACGACUGGGCCGCCUUUGAGAACCUGUUGAUGAAACCCGAUGCCGAAUAUGAGAUUGCGUUCCGUCUCUUUGAUAUUGGCCGCACUGGAAGCGUUAAGUAUGAGGACUUUCGGCGUCUAUAUGAGAACAACAAAGGCCCUGACAGCAUUCCCUUCAACUGGGACUGUGAGUGGGCCAAGCUCUACAUUGGUGACAAGUCCAAGCGCCAUACCCUCUCAUACUCCGAGUUCUCGCAAAUGCUCCGUGGUCUUCAGGGUGAGAGAAUUAGACAAGCUUUCCAGCUUCUUGAUAAGGACAGAGAUGGAUACAUCGAGCCUGAAGACUUCGCAAGAAUUAUCCUGGAGACGGCAAAACACAAACUGUCUGAUCAUCUCUUGGACAACCUUACUUCCCUCUGCAACAUAUCCACUGGCAGCAGAAUUUCAUACGCCAACGUUCGAGCUUUCCAGAACGUGAUCAUGGAGAUGGACUUGGUGGAGUUGAUUAUACGUCAAGCUUGCAAGAAGAGCGGCGAUGGGAAGAUUACCAGAUCCGAGUUCUUGAACGAGGCAGCAAAAAUCACUCGAUUCUCAUUGUUCACCCCGAUGGAGGCAGAUAUCCUCUUCCACUUCGCUAGUUUGGAUGAACCGUCUGGCCGAUUAAGUUUGAUCGACUUUGCCAAGGUUCUAGAUCCACUAUGGAGAUAUCGUAAUAUCACAGAACAGUCUCAGGGUCUAGGAUCGCAAAAGGCUAAGACCAACACGCAAAGCUUCCUCCUACAAGUUGCUGAAUCUGGCUAUAACUUCCUCUUAGGAAGUGCAGCUGGUGCUUUUGGCGCCUUCGUGGUGUAUCCUAUUGAUCUAGUCAAGACCCGAAUGCAGAACCAACGAGGUGCUGAUCCUGGACAGAGGCUUUACAAGAAUUCGGUCGAUUGUUUCAGAAAGGUUAUCGCCAACGAGGGUUUCCGUGGUCUCUACUCUGGAGUCCUGCCUCAGCUAGUCGGUGUUGCCCCGGAGAAGGCUAUCAAGCUUACAGUAAAUGAUCUCGUCCGCGGCUUUUUCACGGACCCAAAGACGCAUCAUAUCCCUUGGGGAUACGAAGUUCUAGCAGGUGGUACUGCUGGUGCUUGCCAAGUUGUCUUCACCAAUCCUCUCGAGAUUGUCAAGAUUCGACUGCAAGUUCAGGGAGAGGUUGCGAAAACCACUCAAGGUGCACCGAAGCGCUCUGCAAUGUGGAUUGUUAAGAACUUGGGUCUUGCAGGGCUUUAUAAAGGUGCUUCAGCCUGCUUACUUCGCGAUGUACCGUUCUCGGCAAUCUACUUCCCAACAUACAACCACCUCAAGAAAGAUCUCUUUGGCGAAUCUCGCACCAAGAAGCUUGGAAUCCUCCAGCUUCUCACAGCUGGUGCCAUCGCUGGUAUGCCUGCUGCUUACCUAACUACACCAUGCGAUGUGAUCAAGACCCGUCUCCAGGUUGAAGCACGUAAAGGCGACACAAACUAUACUGGCCUCCGACAUGCAGCAGUCACAAUUAUGAAGGAGGAAGGCUUCCGAGCUUUCUUCAAGGGUGGCCCUGCUCGUAUCCUGCGAUCGUCCCCUCAAUUCGGCUUCACACUUGCGUCCUACGAAGUUCUUCAGAGCGUCUUGCCAUUCCCCGGAAAACCAAAGCCAGAACAAGUCCACACUGGCGUUGCAGAAGUUGUAGACACCAUCAAAGAGAAGGAUGUCACCUCGCCCCACGCUCGCAGCCGAAACGCCCUCAGGAUCAUCCUCGACCUUGAUGAGAAUUUUGGCCGCGUCAAGCUCCCCGACCAACAGGCUUGGAAGUCAAUACCGAAAUUCCUUGGUGGUGGACAAUCUUAA